GAUAUCUACUGAGAUAAUAUGUAACAUUCUGACCCAUUUAUGACGGCUCACAGCGAUUUCCAUAAUUUUUAAUCUCGUGCCCAACGCAUUAAAUAUAUUGUAGUGUAUCCGCUGACUAACGCCAUGGUUUUUUCAUAUUAGCCCGGAGAAAAUCAAAGUCCCAAUACCUCAAUGGUAAAGAGGCUCGACUCUGGUCAUGGGUUUGGACCAAGCCCGCUGGAGUGAAUAUUCUCAAGACUGUUUUUCCGACUAUUUAUGGGGAACGUGAAUAUUAGUCAAUAUUGAAAAUAAUUUUGGUAAAUAUUCUUUAACAAAAUAAAUUAAGAAAAUACGCUUUUACUUGGACGGUUGAGCUUCUGGACCUUUAUUACCUGCUCCGAAAAGCCACCAUGAUACAAUCUCCAUAGUUGCCAACCGUAUUCACUUAAGGUAGAAGCAUGAGUGACAACUUUUAGCUUAGAUUUAGCGAACACGAUAUUUAGCCAUUAUAUUCGAUAUUUUUUUUUUUUCAUUUCCCCGACUUGAUGCUUGACGGUAAUAUUUGAUCGUGUGUGACUAAAUGGAAAUUACUUUUUGUCUGUGGACUAUGGAAAAACACAGAUGAAAUUAAUAUACACCUACUCUGUACUCUAUUAAUCUGUGGUGAGUGACACAAACGUCAAAUGAAGGUGAGUUGUCUGUGGUAUGAAAUCCGAAAAAUAACAAAUAAAAAUACGUAGUGAAGUGACUUUAAUUUUUAAUUUAAACUCUCUGCAAAUAAAUACAAUUUACAAAAUCAUACAAAAUGUAUUUAGCCACUGUUUGUGUUUAGUCCGCUGUUAUAAAGGUCACAAUAAAAAGGAAAUUAGAAUUAGAAACGAUAAUAUUGGAAAGAAAAGAAAAUAGUUUUGUCUUUUGGGUAGUUAUAUACUGUUUUGUGUUCAUACCAGUGACUAUUGAGUCCGGUGUGUAUACAGCAUACAACUCCCUUUUUCCAUUUAUAACCUUACAUUCCUAUUAUAAAUUGGUAAUAAAUAAUUUUGAAGGGGUCAAAUAUGGAUUUUAGUUCUCUGAACCCUCUCUCUUCAAACUCGCUAAAUCUCGCCGCUAGGAACAAUGAUGUCCAAAUGGUGAAAAAGUUGUUGAAAAAAAAGAACCCUAACUGUGUGGAUAACAGAGGUUGGACUUGCCUUCACGAGGCGGCCGCUAAAGACAGCUAUGAGAGUUUGUUGCUCAUCCUAAAACACGAGGACAUCAGGCCUUUAGCGGAAACGCACGAAGGGCACACCGCCCUGUAUCUGGCGUGUCGAUAUAAGAGCUCUAUACAAACUAUUCAAGCUUUAUUGGACAGCGUACCAGACAUAGCUAACUAUGGAAGCACAGAGAAUGUUACUCCUUUACAUGUUUGUAGCGCUGAAGGUAGGCUUGAAGUAAUGCAAUUAUUAAUUGACUAUGGCGCGAUGUGCGAUGUUCAAGAUUUUAGUGGAGAUACCCCAUUACAUGACGCUGCUGACUGCACUCAAUAUGAUGCAGUCAGUUUUUUGCUUCAUGCUGGAGCAAAUCCAGAAAUUAGGAACGAAUCAAACUACACGCCAUUUCAUUUAGCAUGCAACAAAGGAUGUUACAAAACUAUGCAUAGAAUUUACCCUUUUAUAAGUGAUAUAAAUGCGGUGACUGUUAAUGGGGAUAGCCCAUUAAUCUUAGCGACACAGGGAUGUAGUGAUGAAAUUGUGCAAUUUUUAUUGGAAAAAGGUGCUGAUCCACACAUAAGAAGCAAAGUUGGGGAACUUGCACUAACCGCGGCUUUGAACAUAGGCAACAGUUCGGGUUUCAAAAUUCUUUUAGCAGUCACAGAUCUGAGCAAAAUAUCUAAGAAUAUUAUUUUAACUGCAUGCAAUCCAAAUUUUUUCAAAAUGGAAAUAGUUGAAAGUCUUUUGAGACAUGAUUUGGGCCCCGAGUUCUUUGACUUUUAUGAAAAGUUCCAUGUGCAGUUGGAGAGUAUUGGUGAAUUCAGACCUAAGUACCUCACUAAUGCUCCGAUCAAUUCCUAUUUAAGUAUAUGUGAGUAUAUACACUAUAAGGCAAGAGAGAAGUUCAAAGAGUUUUUCUACCUGUUCCUAAUAAGAGGCGUUUCAGUAGAUGCUAUUGAUGUAAAUGAAUGCCCGCCUUUGGUAUACAUCCAUUACUGUUUGCAUGCAAAUGUCUUUGAAGAGGUAUUAAAAAUCUUCAGAGAGCAUGGCUGUAAUGUAGAUUAUUGCAGUAUGUUACAUCCAUACACCAAUUAUAUGCCAUUCUUGGACAAAAACAUGUACAUGCCGGAUGCAAUCUUUGCAUCCCUCACAGCAGACCCCACCACACUGCCCUUGAUGUUGGUUCACAGCCUUCACUGUGAUCCGGAAUAUGUGUUGAGUUUUGCAAAUAAGAAUGACAUGUUGGGAAGGAUACCACACUAUGUACAAGUUCAACUGGUGUCCAUGAUUGGUGUCAAUCAUGCUCAUCUUACACCUUUAGAGUCUUUAGUAUUUAUGCCAUUACCACUGAAGCACCUUUGUAGACAAAGGAUUAGGUCUUCCCUAAGAAGUUCUUACAAUAAUAGUCUGAAAACGACAAAUCAAUUCUAUGCUUUACUCGAUCAGUUAAUAAUACCUCGGAUAUUAAAAAACUAUCUACGAUUUGACUAGUUAUUAAAGUGCGGUUUUAACUGAACACUCAAACUGUUCAGUUCAAUCAUUUGUGCGUAGUGUCUGUAAAUUUUAACUUAACAGUUUUUUUUUGUUAACAUUUUAUUCUCUGUAUUUCCAUUAGAUAAAACUGAAUUUCUGUAGCCCGAAUAAGGGAGUAAGAUUUUUUUGAAAACAAGCAAAUAGAAUAGCGAUCCCUGAAAAAUGUCCCAUACAAAAUGAUAUGAUUUAAUAUUGUCAUAUGUCUGAUCGUUAGAUUUGUAUGAGCUGUGAAACAAAAUUACUAAUAUCAGUGUUAUUUGUGCGUUUAUGUUUAUAGUUCAAACAUUGAAAAAUGUCACAUUUAAUGUAAGGCAUUUUUCUUCAUCUAAUUAUGAUUAAAGAUUUUUUAAUAGAUUUUGUAACUUUAUAAUCUUAUUUAUUUUGCAAAUCUCCAGUCUAGUAUAUGAAUAUAUUCCAAUCUAGUCAUCUUUAAUUGCAAAUUAAACUUAGAUAAGGAAGUAGUUGGUAUAUGCAGAGCUUUUAGUUUUAAGUCUUCUAAAAAAUAUUUGAAAUGCAAAAGCAAAUAUUUAAAUCUUAAAUUUUAAUUUUGUUUUAGGUAGGUAGAUUUAAAAAACAAAUGUAAUAUAAAUAUCAAUAUAAGCAAAAGUGAUUAUAUAUUUUGUUAACAUAUAAGCAAUGCUGGGUAUUUGGGUACACAAAUUGGGGCCCUAUUAACAUAAUGAUACUUAUUUAAGCAGAAAUUUAAUUAAUGUGCUAUAUAAGACCAAAAAAUAGAUAUUUUGCAAAUUAUAUGCAAAUAUAAAAGGAAUGCAUUGACCUCUUAUAAUAAAAGGAUGCACAAUCAUGUAGAAAAUUUCACUUAAAAACUGGCCAAUUUUGCUUUGACAGUUUUAGGGCUUGUACACAAAACUGCGAUGCGACGUCGCAUCGCAAAAAUCUGCGAGCUCCCUCUACGCAUCGCAAGAACUUGCGAAUUGAUUCGCAUCGCGCAUUCCUGCGAUGUUGCGUCACACUUGUUGACGCCAUUUUUAGUUCGCUCUGGGACAGCGUGUGGGCAAGACGUGUACUUUAAAAAUGACAGAAUACGACGUUGAUUUUUUAAUAUCACUGAUCGAGGAGCGCCCUGUUCUUUGGGAUACUAGUAAUGAAGAUUAUAAAAACAAAUUCAUUAAACAAGAUGCUUGGAAGGACGUGUGUAAAAGUUUAUUUCCAAAUUUCGAGGAAAAAGAAAACAAUGAAAAAACUAAACUUGGAAAUUCAGUAAUACAAAGAUGGAGGGGGAUUAAGGAUACCUUUAAUAAAUAUGAAAAGAAACUCAAAGAUGCAAGUAGGUCAGGGUCUGCAUCCAAAAAUAUAAAAGAAUACCAUCUGUACAAACAAUUACAAUUUCUUAAGAAAAAUUUGCAAAAUGAGACCACUACUAGUAUAAAUGAUUCAGAAAAUGAGCAGGAUAAUCAAGAAGGUACAUCUAAAACACGUUACCAAAGGCAGCCACCAAAACGAAAGAUGGUUAAUAAUUUUGAAGAUGAUAUUGUAAAGAUUUUAAAGGAACCUGAGAAUAGACACAUAUCUUUUUUUAAAGGUAUUCUACCAUCACUUGAAAGAUUAGAUGACAAUAAAACUCUAAUCUUUCAGAGCAGAGUUCUUCAAAUUUUAACAGAAUUGCAUCAACCUCAUGGCUACUACUAUCCGAAUAGCAACUACCAGGGUGGCUAUCAAACUCAACAUUUUGCGACAUCUCAACAAACGCCACUGAUACGUCCACAGUCAUCUAACAUACCAGAUCAAAUUGAUUCACCCAGUAAUGAUUUUUCUAACUCAAGCAUAUUAAGCACACUUUCAACUGAAGAAGACUUUGAUUUUUCGUAAAUUUUAUGAAUUGUAAUAUUUUAAAAACUCUUUUCUCAAUAAAAACUAAUGUAAACAA